AUGCCAGACUUCACUGAAGUUCCUGAUCUAGAAGUGUUGGCGCUUCAGCGUUGUACAAGUUUGGUGGAGGUUCACCCAUCUCUUGGAUUUCUGAAGAAACUUAGAUGUUUGUAUAUGGAAAGUUGCACGUCUAUUGAGAGCCUUCCACCCUUCACUACCUUGGAAUCCCUUCAAAUAUUGAGGCUUUCAGGCUGUUCAGGACUGAUGAAGUUUCCAGAAAUUGAAGGAAAUAUGAAAAGCUUGCUGGAGCUUCAUGUGGCUGAGACCAGCAUUGAGGAAUUGCCUCCAUCAAUUGAACACUUCACUGGUCUUACCAUGUUGAAUCUAACACACUGUAAAAAUCUUUUGCGUCUUCCGAAUAACAUUGGGUGCUUGACAUCUUUGAAAAUUCUCGGUCUAACAGGUUGCCCCAAAAUUGAUGAGAUACCAGAGAAUAUGAAUGGUAUGAAAAGUCUGGAGACGCUUUGCAUUGGGGGAACUUCCAUAAGGGAAUUAUCUAUCGUCGCAGGCAUAAAAAAUCUACGGUAUCUAUCCUGCCAAGGAUGUAUAUGUCUAGUUUCAGAAUCAUGCAAAGAUCUGGCUUUGUCAUCGAAAUUGAUAGAGCUAGACUUGAGUUAUUGCAAUCUGAUGGAUGGAGAAUUUCUCAAUGAUUUUAGCAGCCUAAUUUCCUUAACAUCGUUACAUUUAAGUGGUAAUUGCUUUGUGUGGUUGCCUGAAAGUAUCUCUCACCUCUCAAAGCUGGAAACUCUGCACUUGAGUAAUUGCAGACAGCUUCAAUUGCUGCCUAAGAAGUUUCCGUUAAGUCUUCGUCACGUGUAUGCACAAGAAUGUUCUUCGCUGACGGAUUACCCAAAUCAAAUCAAAGUAUUGAAUUCAUCGGAGUCAGGAGUGACGAUUAUCAAUUCCCUCGAUUCUGCAGCACCUGUAGUCUCACAAAGUUUCAGAAGCUUAAUUUUUCCAAUAAAUGCUGGCGAAUCGAUACAACUGCGUGUGACACAUAAGCAUACAGAGGGGAAACAAGUUGAUCAUGCGGCACUGACAACUCUAAAACAAGUGCCUUUGCUCUCAGCUUCGGAUGUCAUGAGCAUGCUUGCUAGAGAUGAAAUUUCAGAGUGGUUCACAACUAUAUCUACCAGAAAUCCCAUAUCAAUUCCAAUGCCUCAAAAUCAAGCCGAUGGUAACAGGUGGAAGGAAAUUGCCGCGUGUGCUAUAUUCGCAUUCAAGGGGCAUACUGCUCUCUCCCUUAUUGAACCAGAUCCUGAUUUUCUUAAUUACUCGUAUCAAAUCACAUGGGAAACUGAUGACGUGCGUCUUGAACCAGAUGUGUUGGAACUGGAUUCAGCAGAAUUAGGCCGCUUUGGAUUAAGCUCUCAUCUGCUUGUGAUAUUUUCUAUAUCUAGAUCGGUGUUUCCACUGAGGGAGUUAAUCCAAUCAACUGUGGUGAGAGCUAAAUUUGAAACCACUAAUCCAUCCAUGGUGGUCCAGAAAUGUGGAAUGCGUCUAGUCUAUGACCAAGAUGAUGGAUGGUUUACCAGAGUAACCGAGGACGACGUGAUUUGUCUGGAUGAAGUUGGGAUAGGCGCCACAAUACGGGAUUCUGAUUGGCUCAGUCAAUCUUUCAAAUGGGAGAAAAUCGUUCCACCCUUGGAAGAAGAAACCACAGUACUUGUGCUGAGAAAGAACCUCGAGUCUGUUCUUCCAAGAUACCUUGAGGCAUUGAACAGUUAUUCGCGAAUAUUCAAAUUUAACAUCGGAGGAAGUCCAGGGUGGUUUCAUGAGGGGGUUGCCUUGUGGUCAAAUUCAGCCGUAAUGUCAAUGGAGCUGCCUAAAAACCUACACAAGAGCAAGAAGUGGAUGGGAUUUGCAAUAUUUGCAUCACUUGUAGAGGAAGUGGGGCAGACAAUUAAAGAGGACAACUAUUUGGUACAAGCUAUACUAAUAACUGGGGAUAAAUUUGUUACGGUCGUGGAACAAGUAUUUGACCACGUCGAGCCAUUGUCAGAAGAACAUCAUCACCUAUUGGUUAUUUACAUACCCGCGGCACAAAUUCCCGAAGAGUUGCUCACUCAGACAUCUUCAACUGCAUUGGACUUCGAAAUCAUGAUCGUUGAUAGCCCUCAUGUAAAGGUUCAUAGAUGUGGGUUCCGUAUUGUGUACCAGGAAGAUAUACAAGGGUUUUCUGAUACAAUUAUCCGGUGCAUGCAGAGGGACAAUUCUCUUGAAUCCUACGAUAAGUUAGUGGUAGAAGAAUGGAUAGAGUUGAUACAAUGGGAAGGUGCUCAUUUAACGAGAAUGACAGAACGGGAUUCCAGAACCCCACGGGAAAAAUACUUUGACUUGCGCUCACGAAAAUAUAGAUAUUGGGAUUGGUCUGACCCUCAUCAUCCUGUUUAUUGUCGCUUCAAGGGAGUUAAUAUCUCGAAGUUGGAAUGGUUCAUGCCUUUCAUCAACCAACGCAACUCCGCAGAAAUCCAACUGCCUCUGAAUGUGUUUGAUGAUGACAAUUGGUUGGGGUUUGCUGUAUGUUUCCAGUUGUCCGGCGACCAAUAUCCAAACAGUAGUCUUGGCAGUACUGAUCCUGAUUCCGAGGACCAUAUACUUUCUUUUCGGCUGGACUCUGAUGUUGCUUGGCAGGGCUUAUUUGAUUCCGAUAUGCAUUUUAGUUUACAGCCAUCAGGAUACGAUGCAACUUGGUUCUAUUAUACACCGCGCACUGCAGCUCGUAAAGAGGUUUGGAGGCAAUGCAAGUUGGCCAGGAUUACUGUGUGGUUGUCUACCCCACGCUUAGCAGUGCAGGGUUGUGCCCUUCGUCUACUAUUCAAGGAGGACGUUGAACAUCUUGUAGAAUCACUGACCCUCGCAGAAUAUUUUUGAACAUCUCCCAGCUGCCCAUUAUCUGUUGCUCAAUCAUGGAGAAGAAGGCAAGGUCUGCAAGCAACAGUUCCUAAUGGAGAAUGAGAUAAAAGCGUUGUGUGAUAUUUUCUCAAGCUCUGAUAUCUAGUUUGUCGUGCUCCUCUGUUUGCUCUGUUUUGGUCUUCCUGGUCUCUUGCUUCCAUUGCUGCUGCCCUCCUUUCCUCUUUUUGCUCCACCUUCCGACCUUUGCUUUUCUUCCACCCCCUAAUCUUUUCUCUGUCCACAGUACCAAACAACCUUAUUUGCCUUGCCCGCAACUCAAUUUCAUCUUCAACCACUAUCACCCUUCCACAAAUUUCCAUGCAGGAGUUACGUUUCGUUUUUGAUCAACUCUUCCACCCGUGGUUUGUUUGGCUAUGUGCCUGCUGUGUUCUUUGGCGAUGCAAGUUUGCUGCAGUGCUGGUUUAUUUUGAGGCCUUUGGUGUUGCUCUUGCGGCGAGGAUAGGCUCUUGUGCGUUGUACUGCUUGUUCUUGCUCAUGUUUGUGCCCUUGUGCCAUAUUUCUUUCUUUAAUGAAAACUUCUUUGUUUAUAAGCAAAUACUUGUGUGCCUUAAGGUAUGGAUACCUUAACCACAUGGUUGCUUAUAAUUGGUCCAACUAGAUUAAUGACGACCAACUGCCUGCUUGACUGGUCAUCCAAUUUAAAUCUCAAACUAACUCUCACUCUC